UUCACAGACGAGAGAGCCACACCCGAAGUUCCCCGAAGUUCAUUCUCGCUUUUUUUUUUCAGUACCAUAACAGGUGUAUUUAUUUGGGGGAAACCUAUUACAGUAUCUUUGAUGUAGCUAUCCUAUAACCAAAUCAACCGUCCACAAUGUUUUAAAGUAUUUACAAUGUAGCUAACCUAACCUAAUUGAUCAUUAGUUAUCAUGAGUUGUAUAUUUAUUUACAAUGGAAAAAAAAACCGAAGAUGCACCGAUGCAUGAUCGGACGUUCGGGCUCUCUCGGUGGGGUGUGUGGCCGCUCUGACGUGAUGCGGUGUGGUCGCAGGGGCGCGCUGCGGCUGCUGGCGGCGCUGCUGGCCUGCCGCCUGGCGGCCGGCUCCGGAGGCUGCCCCUGCUACAACGGCACGGAGACGGAGCGGCUGUACGGGCUGGAGCUGGAGCCCGAGUGCCGCUGCCAGGGCCGCGAGCUGUCCCAGGUGCCCGGCGAGCUGCCCUCGUACAUGCGCCGCCUAAUCAUUUCUUAUGCCAGCAUUGAAGUACUGAAAAACACAUCGCUGCGCCCAUACGAAACUACACUCAGAGACCUGACAUUAAUCAACGUGAAAAACUUCCGGGAGAUAGAACCCAAGGCGUUCUACAACUUAUCUCAGCUUCUAAGCAUAUACAUAUACCAAGCGCCCAGCCUCACUUCCAUCGCUCCAGCUGUGUUCGACGUAGAACUGCCUCGUUUCAAGACGCUGCGCAUCGUUCACACGGGGCUGAGAAGCGUGCCCGACUUAACGAAACUCCGUACAGACAGCAUAAUGCAUAUGAUAGAUUUGGAGAACAACCAGAUUAAAAAAAUUCCAUCCAAGACAUUCAACGUGAACGUGGAACAACUGCUUCUCAACUACAACAUCAUUGAAGAAAUACAGGCUUAUGCGUUCUUCGGAUCACGGAUAGGCAUGCUGAGCCUGAAAGGUAACCAGGUGCUGAGGGUGAUUCACAUGGAUGCUUUCGUCGGUCUGCACAGCUUGAGAGAACUGGAUCUGUCGAAGACAUCUAUAACUUUCUUUCCCGUCCACGGACUGAACGACCUCGACAUUCUCAGGAUAGAAAAUACGUACUCUCUCAAAGAAUUCCCAUCCGUGUUCCAUUUCAAGUCUAUUCGCGAAGCCUGGCUGACUUAUCCAUACCACUGCUGUGCAUUCCAGUUCCCACUGGCACACGACCCAGACGAGUUCAGACGCCAUCAGGAGUUUGUGGCCUCGAUGGAAAAAGAGUGCUCCACUCUUACCACCGCCACCUCGGAGACCAGGGAGGCCAGGUCAGCGUUCAGCCAAUGGGAGACGGACUUGUGGAACAGUUCCCACGGCAGCGACUGGGGUGGCCUGGGCUCGGGACGCUAUGUCCCAGCUCAGGAGCCCGGGGAGAUGUUCCACCAGCAAGGGGUCACCCUGGGCCCAGGGAAGGUGCACGCGAUGUGCGGCAACCUGUCCAAGAACUACCGCGACGUGGCGUGCCGGCCGGCGCCCGACGCCUUCAACCCGUGCGAGGACCUGAUGGGCAACUGGAGCCUGCGAGUCGCCGUGUGGCUGGUCAGCGUGGCGGCCGUGCUGGGCAACCUGGCGGUGCUCUUGGUGCUGCUGUCGUCGCGCUUCCGCGUCACCGUGCCCAAGUUCCUCAUGUGCAACCUGGCGUUCGCUGACCUCUGCAUCGGCCUGUACCUGGCGCUGCUGGCCGGCGUGGACGCGCGCUCCGUCGGCACCUACUUCAACCACGCCAUCGACUGGCAGAACGGUCCCGGCUGCGAGGUGGCGGGGUUCCUGACCGUGUUCGCCAGCGAGCUGUCCGUCUUCACCCUCAUGGUGAUCACCAGCGAGCGAUGGUACACCAUCACGUACGCCAUCCACCUGAACAAGAGGCUGAAGCUCAGCUCGGCGGGCAAGAUCAUGACCGCCGGCUGGGUCUACUCCCUGACGAUGGCGUCCCUGCCGAUCUUCGGUGUGAGCGGGUACUACAAGACAAGCAUCUGCCUGCCGCUGGACAUCAGCGACUCCACGGACCUGGCCUACAUCGUGGUGCUGCUGUCGUUCAACGGGCUCGCCUUCCUCGUCAUCUGCGCCUGCUACACGCGCAUGUACUGCUCCAUCAAGGGCGGGCAGGACGCCGUUGCGGCGCUCGCGCGCUCCGACAUGACGGUCGCCAAGCGCAUGGCCUUGCUCGUCUUCACCGACUUCGCGUGCUGGGCGCCCAUCGCCUUCUUCGGCCUGACUGCGCUGGCCGGCAGGCCGCUCAUCGACGUGUCGCACACCAAGAUCCUGCUGGUGUUCUUCUACCCGCUCAACUCGUGCGCCAACCCCUACCUGUACGCCCUGCUCACGCAGCAGUACCGCCGCGACCUCUUCGUGCUGCUCAGCAGGUACGGGCUGUGUUCGCGGCGCGCGGCCAGGUACAAGGGCGCCGCCGCCCCCGCCGCCACGGGCUGCGCCGGCAGGAUGGCAGCGGCGUGCGCCGGCGCCGGGGGCGGCGGGGGCUGCGGUCCCCCGGGUCCCCACCAGGGGCACGCGGCGGCGGACAGCCACCGCGGCUCGCUGCUCACCUCCGUCACCUCGGUGGACAGCGGCCAGGCGGCGGCGCGCGCCGGUUCGCUGACGGCGGUGCCGGAGGCGGGGCCCGCCGCCGGCCCCCAGCCGCCGCCGCCUCCCGCCGCCCGCCGCCAGUCCACCGUCGAGCUGUUCAGCCUGGACAACAGCCUCGUCGGCGCGGAGGAGGAGGCGGCUUCACCACCCGCCCCCGCCCGCCUCACCACCUUCCUCUAG